CGGAGGCGGGCCUAGCGGGGCGCCAAAUACGGCGCAAGUCAGCACCAUGGCUGCCCGGCUGGCUGGCAGCCGAUCGGGGACUGUUCUUGCUGCUGCCCAGAGAGGCCCGCUAGUUUCCUGUCGGAGGUGGGCCGGCGCCACGGCUGACACCGUGUACGAUGUUGUGGUGUCGGGUGGAGGCAUGGUGGGCUCCGCUAUGGCCUGUGCCUUGGGACAUGAUAUUCACUUUGGUGACAAGAAAAUUCUGUUGCUAGAAGCAGGUCCAAAGAAAGUAUUGGGGAAAUUACCAGAAACUUACAGCAACAGGGUCAGCUCCAUUUCCCCUGGCUCUGCAACCCUUCUCAGUAGUUUUGGUGCCUGGGACCACAUCUGCAACAUGAGAUACAGAGCCUUUCGGCGAAUGCAGGUGUGGGAUGCCUGCUCCGAGGCCCUGAUCAUGUUUGACAAGGAUAAUUUAGAUGACAUGGGCUAUAUCGUGGAGAAUGAUGUCAUCAUGCAGGCCCUCACGAAGCAGCUGGAGGCUGUGUCAGACCGAGUGACCGUUCUCUACAAGAGCAAAGCAGUCAGCUAUACCUGGCCUUACCCAUUUUCCAUGGCAGACUCCAGCCCUUGGGUUCAUAUUACCCUAGGUGAUGGCAGCACCCUCCAGACCAAAUUGUUGAUUGGUGCUGAUGGUCACAACUCAGGAGUACGGCAGGCUGCUGGAAUCCGGGGUGUUAGCUGGAACUAUGACCAGUCCGCUGUUGUGGCUACUCUGCAUUUAUCAGAGCCCACGGAAAACAAUGUAGCUUGGCAGAGAUUUCUUCCGUCUGGGCCCAUUGCUCUGCUCCCGCUCUCGGACACUUUGAGUUCCUUGGUUUGGUCCACAUCCCAUGAACACGCAGCAGAGCUGGUCAGUAUGGAUGAGGAAAAGUUUGUGGAUGCCAUUAACUCUGCCUUUUGGAGUGACGCUAACCACACAGACCUCGUCGACUCAGCUGGCUCCGUGCUGCACUAUGUGGUUUCCAUUCUGAAGCCCACUAAGGUCUCAGCUCGCCAGCUGCCCCCAAGUGUAGCCAAGGUGGAUGCCAAAAGCCGGGUACUGUUUCCUCUUGGGUUGGGACACGCUGCUGAGUACGUCCGGCCUCGGCUGGCACUCAUUGGGGAUGCCGCCCACAGAGUCCACCCACUUGCAGGACAAGGUGUCAACAUGGGCUUUGGGGAUAUCUCCAGCUUGGUCCAUCACCUCAGAACUGCAGCCUUCAAUGGGAAAGACUUAGGCUCCAUGAGCCACCUCACAGGUUAUGAAACAGACAGACAACGUCACAACACUGCUCUUCUGGCUGCUACUGACCUACUCAAAAGGCUCUAUUCCACCAGUGCCACCCCACUUGUGCUGCUCAGGACGUGGGGCUUGCAAGCUACAAAUGCAGUAUCUCCACUCAAAGAGCAGAUUAUGGCCUUUGCAAGCAAAUGAAUGCUCUUCUUCCGGAGAUUCUGAACAUCUUUUCCCAAGACCAUCACAUAUUUUCAGGAUUUAAUUUAAUAAAUUUACUUUACAUUA